AUGCAAACAUAUUCAUACACUUACAUGUAAAUUGCUGAGCCAUGGCUACUGCCGCAGAGUUACUCUUUCCAAAGCUAGUAGUCUUUGGUGCCACAGGACCAACAGGCCUUGCAGUUGUUCAGCAAGCUCUGGAAAAAGGCCAUGCCGUCACCGCCGUAGCAAGAAACCCCGAAUCCUUUCCCAUAAAACAAGAAAACCUCGAAGUGGUCAAAGGAGAUAUCUUUGAUGUAGAGUCUCUGGUACCCAUCAUCGAAGGAAAAAAUGCUGUGCUGUCAUGUCUGGGUUUUCACAAAGGAACAAUUUUCUCGCCGACAACGCUAUACUCAAAAUCAAUAACUCCUAUCACAUCAGCAAUGGAAAGGACAGGUGUCGGCCGAUUGGUUUGUAUGACUGGUAUUUACACUCAGAAAGAUCCGUCAAAUCCCAGGUUGUGGGACUGGUUUGGAAGGCCACUGGCACGGGCUUUCAUAAAUGAUAUGGUGCUGAUGGAAAAUAUUGUAAUGAAGUCCAAUAUCUGUUACACUAUUGUGCGACCUCCAAUCCUAACGAAAGGGCCUUUGACCGAAACUAAUUAUGUGGUGGCAGAGGGACAGUCUGUACCAAGAUCUGCCUGGAGAGUUUCUCGCGCUGAUGUCGCUCACUUCAUGCUGAAGUCAUUACAGAGCAAUGAAUGGGACAACAAGGGCGUCGCAAUCGCUGGCAAAAAGUAGAGUCUUCUUGUAGUCGUUAAGUUUGCCUCCAAGUAGAGGCACUUGCUUAGUCAUAGUUAAGGAGAAGAUGCUCCAAAUAGACGAACGAAAACGCACC